GCACUCGUCUCUGGCGUUCAUUUCAUUCCUCGCUUUAAUUCCGGGCAUUCCUGGCAUCCCUGCGUGACUGCGCCGCAGCUUUGGGUCCGCGAGCCCGGCCGGCCCGGAAACGCGCUGAUAACUUUCUCACACAGUUUACAAAAAGCCGAUUCAGACCACACAGACGGCGCAGACUAAAAAAAAAACAAAUAAGCAUAAGAGGUGUUUUUCCAGUGGCUCCGACAAGGAACGAGGCGCUGCUGUCACCGGGGACUUGUUGCGUCUGCGGGAUAGCCCGGAGUUUCCAUUCUUUAUCACACCGGCCGUCUUUGCCGUUCCCCCCGUGGGUUCUCCGCUAGGUGUGGACGGGCUCCCCCUCGCCACGGCCCCCAUGGAUACUGGCAGCUGGAGUGGCAGUGAGAGCCCAGCUGAAGACACAGAGCUCCCGGGCGAGCCCGGGGACAAGCCUGGGGACAACGAUGCAGAGGGCGUGUGGAGCCCCGACAUUGAACAGAGCUUCCAGGAGGCGCUGGCCAUCUACCCACCCUGCGGCCGGCGCAAGAUCAUUCUCUCCGAUGAGGGCAAGAUGUAUGGUCGCAAUGAGUUGAUCGCCCGAUACAUCAAGCUGAGGACAGGCAAGACAAGGACGCGGAAGCAGGUGUCUAGCCACAUUCAGGUUCUUGCCAGAAGGAAAUCUCGUGAGUUACAUUCCAAGCUGAAGGUGACCAGCAUGGACCAGACAGCCAAAGACAAGGCCCUGCAGAGCAUGGCCUCCAUGUCCUCGGCACAGAUCGUCUCCGCCACCACGGUCCACAGCAAGAUGGGCCUCCCCCUUGCCCCGCAGGCCUCCUUCCCGACAACCCCUACGUUUUGGCAGGGCAUGGUUACGCCAGGCCUGGCUGGAUCGUCACAGGACAUCAAGCCAUUCACCCAGCAAGACUCCUCAAUCCAGGCCCUGCCAGCUACGCCCAUUGCAGGCUACGAGCCCGCGGUGCCUGCAGCCCCUGCUUGGCAGGGCCGCUCCAUCGGCACCUCCAGGCUGCGGCUGGUGGAGUUCUCCGCCUUCAUGGAGCAGCAGCAGGACCCGGACUCGUACAAGCACCUCUUUGUGCACAUCAGCCAGACGAACCACUCGCACAGCGAUGCCCUACUGGAAUCGGUGGACAUACGUGAGAUUUACGACAAAUUCCCAGAGAAGAAGGGUGGCCUGAAAGAGCUCUUCACCAACGGGCAGCAGAACUCUUUCUUCCUUGUCAAAUUCUGGGCGGACCUGAACUGCAACGUCCAGGAAGAGGCGGGGGCCUUCUAUGGCGUCACCAGCCAGUACGAGAGUCCCGACAACAUGACCAUCACCUGCUCAACCAAGGUGUGCUCCUUCGGGAAGCAGGUUGUGGAGAAGGUGGAGACGGAGUACUCGCGCUUUGAGAACGGACGCUUUGUCUACAGGAUAAGCCGCUCCCCCAUGUGUGAAUACAUGAUCAACUUCAUCCAUAAGCUCAAGCACCUCCCCGAGAAGUACAUGAUGAAUAGUGUUCUGGAGAAUUUCACCAUUCUAUUGGUCGUCUCGAACCGUGAGACGCAGGAGACACUGCUGUGCAUCGCCUGUGUGUUUGAGGUGUCCAAUAGUGAGCAUGGUGCCCAACAUCACAUCUACCGGCUGGUGAAAGAGUGAGUCAUCCUUUGGGGUGGGCCGCCCGCAGCCGAGCUGUACCCAGUACGCCUUGAGCUCACAAGUGGAGCCCCACCCCCUGGCGCGCACAUGUAUGACAGAGACUGUAAAUUGUGGUACAGUUGUGAUUUGAGAUGGGAGUUGCUGGUCCCAUGGUAUGUUGCAGUGACAUGACCACUGGGCGUUUGGAGAGAUGACCUCACCAUUCCUGCUCUGUCACCGUAUUCAUGACAAAAUGGAAAGCUUUCUUAUGUGGCUUAUGUAAAGUUCUUUAUCUGUAUAUAUGUAUGGUUUUAACUGUGUGUGUUUGUGUAUGUGUGUGUCUGAACACAAAUGUACAUGCACACACAUUUCCAAAGAAAAUCUUUUGAAUCGUGUAAGUAUGAAUUGUUUAUAAACUCUUUAGAAGGCAAAUCGUCAUGACUUACCUGCCUACGGGGACUUUUUCCAAACUUCCAAUCACGACAAACUUACCUGUGAUCGACGUGCAACAGCUCUCUCAAAGACUGGAGCACUUGGCUGUCAUGCCCUGGAAAGGCGGUGCCUUCUAUUUAUGCAAGUGCGAGGCUGUCGGGAAAAGUCCCGUAAACUCAUCUCAGACUCUGUGACUUCGCUCAUGGAGGUCAAGCGAGGUUUUCAUGGUGGUCUCUUUCUCCAGAGUGGCCGCAUUUCGGCUUUUUGUUGGAGUCCUGUUACAGCGCAAGUCUGUGGCCUCAGCUCUCAAAAUCUCUCCAUGAACCCUUGACUGUGAGCUCCUUCCCACGUGGGAAGCUUGCCAAAGUGUAAUAGUACACAGUGCCUUAGUUUAAUACUGACUGGACUGUACUGUACUGAGUGGCACUAAGACCAGAUCCCAGGGAGCCGUCUGGGCACUGGGAACACGAAGGCUCAUCCGGUGGGGCUCAGGCCUACGUCUGAAGAUGGGGACUUUAACACAUCACCACCGCGCCCACAACACCAAAUAUGUACCAGCCUGUGGAGAGCGCCUGCACUGUCAGUGUUAAAGUGCCUUAUGUUCAUGUGGCUGAGCUGGGAGACGAUAGAACAUUCCGUAAUGGGAGUGAAACGGAGACGGCGGGUCGCCACAGUGCGCUUUAGACACUGAUGAUACGGCAGGACUGAAGAGGGCUGCAAUCAGUCACCACACCCCCCCCACCGAGGAGUCUGCAUUCACUGACGAGAGGGAGCCACUCUCAAGUCACUCCUUUUUUUUUUUUGGGGGGGGGGAUGAGAAAAAGCCUUAAAAGUUUAAAGACUUGGAGUGGAAAGGGGGUUGGUUGCCUGUAAACCAUUUGCAGUGGCUGAGGUUGGACCACUGGGAUAGUAAGUGUGUAGUUCCCAUUAUUUCUUAAAUACUGGUACUGUUGCUGACGUAAAAAUUUUGUCUUUAAAGAAAUGAGAAUGAAGAGUAUAUUUAAAAGCUGCUUUGUAUAGGAAAACUUUGUUACUGGUAGUUUUUUUUUUUUUUUUAAGUGUUUGAGCCGGGAGUGAUGUCAAGUAAAAGACGAUCAUGUGCAUUUUUCUGACUGCAAACUGUUCUGUAUUUGUUCAGACUUUAUGCCUUUGAGAAACUGAUAGGUUUUGUAGCUUUCCAGGGAUUUCUUUAUAUGCAUAAAAUAAAACUACUUCCUUCCUCA